GAAGAGAAACUUCUCACCACACUGCUAGAGAAGGAAAAAUAUGUUGUCCACUACCGGAAUCUAAAACAGUAUCUAUCGCUCGGCAUGAAACUUAAGAAAGUCCACAGAGUUAUAAGCUUCAGUCAAUCAGCCUGGCUCAAGCCCUACAUCGACUUGAACACUCAGAUGCGUACGCAAGCCAGGAACGAGUUUGAGAAAGAUUUCUUCAAGCUCAUGAAUAACAGCGUGUUCGGUAAGACAAUGGAAAACAUCCGGAACAGAGUGGACAUCCGACUGGCCACGAAAGACAAACAAGUCGACAAGUGGACUGCUCAACCAAACUUUAAGAGCAGGACGAUAUUCACCGAACAGUUGGCAGCCGUUCACAUGUCAAAAACGAAAUUGAUGUUCAAUAAAGCAAUCUACGUCGGCAUGAGCAUUCUGGACGUGUCGAAAACGCUGAUGUACGACUUCCACUACAACGUCAUCAAGAGGCGGUACGGUCACAAAGCCCAACUUCAAUAUACAGACACCGACUCGCUAACGUACCACAUCCAGACGACCGACUUGUACAAAGACAUCAAAGACAUGAUCGAUCUGUUCGACACCAGCGACUAUCCCGAGCCCAACCUACUAGGGAAGAUGAAAGACGAGCUCAACGGCAGAAUCAUGUACGAGCACGUAGGACUUCGCUCGAAAAUGUACUCCAGCAGAUCCGAAGGCGGAGUGAUCAAAAAGUCGAAAGGUGUCAAAAAGACAACGAUAGAAAACCACCUGACCUUCGACGAUUACAAACAGUGUCUGUUCACCUCAGGUAUACAAUACGGUUCGAUGAACAUGAUCCGGAGCUUCAAACACGACUUGUACAGCGUUGAAUUUAAAAAGAUUGUUCUGUCGCCUUACGAUGACAAACGUUACAUUCAAGACGACGGCAUCGGGACUCUGCCCUGGGGACACUACAGCAUCCCCGUAGAAGUUAUGGCUGAGCUGGAAAUCCGGUCUGCUCUGUCGACACAGUGAGACUACCUACGGUAAAAACAAAUGUAAAUAUA